AUGAUGCGUUUUCAUGUGCCAUGGUGCUCAUUCCUCAUCUCGUGUGCCCUGAGCACGGACAUGAGUGCCUGGCAGCAAAGAGUGUUCGAUGAGGUGGCUAGGCGUGCAUCGGAGCAGUCGAGGGCAGCAGAGCCAAAGCUCCUGUACCUUUUGGACUCUGGCGAUUUCCGUUCCCACCUCAGCAAGUGCUGUCCGUCCUUGGUGAACCUUCCUUCUGAAGAGCUGAUGGAGAGGCUAUCCAAGCGGCUUGAGGUCGCCGAGGUUUGUUCUGGCUUCCCGGCCAUGCAUGACCCAUCCCAGACUGGAGAUUCGGCUGGCAUGUCAAUCAGUUUCGGUUUGACUGGCUCCUUCUUCCUCAACGACUGGGAAGCCGUCUUGCUGCACUCGGCGAAUCCACACAGUGUCUGGCACAAGAUCGAAGCAACGUACGUAGCAUAUUCAGUUGACUCUACCCUUCAAGAGGUGCUGGUGAAGAAGUGGUUUGGUGGGUGUUCGGGUGUACCGCUGCCGCGGCAGCGCUACUCACUGAACAAGUGUUAUGGCACAGCUGACCUGAGCUUUGUAAUGCGUUUCACAACAGCAAGCGGGAUCAGUGAGAUGGUGUCUCUUUCCAUUUGGACAGCGACUCACCAGACGGGUGCAUCUGACUUGGAAUCCCCUGCUGGGACGGGAGUAGUCCCGUGUCCUUCACGUCUGCCGCUGGUCACUCAAGUCCAUGUGGCAGAUGGGGAGUGCCACAUCCAUGUUAGGAAGAACAACACCGAGGCUUUCCUGAUGCAAGACCAGGCCGAAACCUUUCAGUAUGAGCUAAAGCCAUUUCGCGUGCCGGCUGCGCCGGCAACCCUCAUCGAAGCUGGUGAGAGGCCCGUAUAUUCCAUGGUCAACCUGAACAUGAUUGACGCAGGGAGCCCACUUUAUGGGGAUGUCUCUGCAGUGUUUUCGAACAAACACAUUUUGAACAGCACCUUGCUGUCUUCAGUCGACAGCGGUUUUUUUCAGCAGUAUUGCAUCGGUGGAAAGACCUUCCCCAGGUUGUCGUACAACUGUAGCGCAGGGAGAGCAUUCGAAGGGCUGGGCACAUUUCUGCACAACAAGCAUCUUUUCGUGAACAACAUGGAAUUCUGGAAGUCCGGUGGCACCGUUCAAUCUGCAUUACAAAGAGGGCAACUUCCUUGGGGUUCAAGUCCUGUCCCCGGCCACUCGUUCCUAAACUACUUGGAGGCUACACAUCUUAGCAAGCUGCACUAUCCUGAGGCGAUUCGGUUCUUGAUAGGCACCUUCCCCGUGCUUUUCGGCACAGAGCUAGGGGCGAACUUGCAGAUCUGGGCCAAAAGCCGGGGCUGGGUAUUGGUUUGGGCGCUUGGCCUGAAUGAUAAAGCUUUGUUGCGUCCGACACGAGACUUUGAUUUCGGUCCACUGUUGCAAGACAUGGAUUUUAAAGUGAACGGACGCAUGGUUGACCCGAUCGUCCUGGGACACACGACUGCUACAGUAGGCCCGCCGGUGCAGCCUGAUGUUGUUAACGACUUCGAGAAGCUUUGGGCGGAUGUGGGUGCUAUGCGUGGACAGACGAGGCAGCUGACGAACCAAACAAUUGCAACCAAGUGGCAAGAAGCAAUGCUGCACUUCCCACAGCUGCUGCUUCGCCCUCUACUCGGCGAGGACUGCACAAAGCAGCUGCGGCAUGCUGAGUGUGUUGGGGUCACCCUGGAUGGCCACUGUGUCUGUUACGCCAGCGCGGAGGAGCCAGCAACGCAAAUGGUUGCCGUGUAG